UGUGUAAACAAUAAAUAAUUUCUAUCCUGUUUUAUGGAUAACCGAAUCUUCUUUGUCGGUAUUUCCGUAGUAUAUAUUUGAAAUUAUUGAGGGAUCGCUUUCUUUUGGAUAUUCAACCGGCAUAACAUUUUUCAAAUAGAAAUUACUAACGGCUGGAUUACCUAAUACGUAGUAAAUCAGGGAAGGAAAUAUAAACAUUGCGGAUAUGUAAAAAAUGCCAAAUCCUUUCCUGUUUUUUUGCCACUUUACCUCCCUAUUAAAAUUAUAUCCCCAAAGUGCCAUUUAAACAAUGUUAUAUCAUAUAUCAGAUCAAUGUUUGGUGGUUAUUUUCGUUAUCCCCUUCUUACAAAUGAUCAUCCUUCUAGUACCAACAACUUAAAGUUUAAACACAAUAACUUAACUAAUUACUGUUUUGAACCAUAUUAAAAAUUUUAAAUUAUCUUAAGAAUAAAUUAUUUUCUGAUUUAAAUAUCUAUUAAAAUAACAUCUAAUGUCAGAUGUAUAAGGCAUCACUACAAUGAUACUUAAUAUUUUUAGAUUAAAUACUGAUGAAAAUUAUUAUUUACUAUCUUUUAAUUUAUGGAUGAUUAUGAUGAUAUUUUUGGGCACGAUGUGAGGGACACCUCUCACUUACAGAUAGUCUCUUCUGAUGAGGAGGACUUUAGCUCUAAAACUCCUGAAAACACUAGAUCCAGAAAUUCUCAAGGGCUCUUUUCUAUCAGUAAUAAACCCGAAACAGUUGAAGAGAGGUUUGAUAGACAUUAUAGACUAGAUAAAAGUCUCAGAUCCGACAUAAGUGACGAUGCACAAAUCAUAAUUGACGAGUUAAACAAGAUAUUUGAUCAAUCUGAGCAAGUUGAUAAGCCUGAAAAUGAACCUGCCAAAGAAGAUAAACAAGAAAAUUUAAUUUCAAAGGGUAUAAACAUAAUAAAUACAAUAAAAUCUAGCCUGGUACAUGGAUCCAAGGAACCGACCAAGGAAGUGGAAGGGGCCAAUAAUUCAAAUUCAAAAAAUUUAAGAUUUACCUCCAGAACAAAAAGGACCAGAGCAUGCACCGGGACUAAUUUAAACAAUGAUCCCAACCUCAAUGAUUUAUUUAGCUCCUCGAGUUCAGAGUCUGCCUUAGGUAAUGAUGAAGAGUAUGACCCAACUGACCCCUCUGGCCUAAACCUCAAAAAACCCCGAAAAAACACUUCUACAACUAAAAAAUCCCCUAAAAAAUCUAACACACCUACUAAAUCUAAGAAACCUGACUCCUCUAUAUUAAACAGGUUUGACAAGUUUGGGUUUGAUAACUUUCCUACGCCUGAAGAACCCGACCCAUUUGAUAACCAAAGUUUUCAACGAGCUCAAGAUAACUUAACUGAUACGUUUUGCUUGAAGUUCGCUGUGGUUGACCAAAACAAAAAGGUAAUUAAUGACCCAAGGUUAGACACUGUUUACGUCAAAACGUCUGAAACUUUGGGUAACAUAGCUAAGAAAUUAGGUGAGAUGUACGGUCUGGAUCAAGAAAAUUUUGUAAAGAUUAAAAUAAUUAUAGACGGAGACCCUCAGGACCAUAAUAUUCAAAUCGGCGAUCCCCAACUAUGCAUCGAGAAUAAUAUGCAAAUAGAUAUCAAAUUCCCACCUAAAGAAGACUUUAAAGCUUCUGGUACUUCAAGAAAGAACAAGCAUACUGAAAAAACCAAGAAAACCAACAAACCUAAGCCCUCAGUAGCUAAUACUAAUCAAAAUUGUCACUCAUCAAAUCCUAUUGAAAUUAUAGAAAUUGUGGAAAUCGACUAAUUCACCUAUAUAGUGUAUAAUAUUUCUUUGUAUUUUAAUUUUGUAAUUGAUAAUUUAAUUUUAUUGUA